AGUUAUAAAUUGGAAUGAAUAGCAAAUACUAUUUGCAAUAGUAAGUCCGGACGCCUGGUGGCGCUGCAGGCUAGGAGUUCGAAUGAAGAGCUCUGUGGACCCGGGUCGCCAUUAAGCUGGGAAAUCAGAACGUUGACUGCUUCCUAAAAGAAGGCAGCAUUUCAGUUCAGAUCUAGGGGCAGAGACCUUCAGAGAGGGCAUCGUUCUAGUGCGACUCAGCCAGAAAGAUCUAAUUCGAGGUUAUUUACCGAAGCCCUCCGGACUGGUUGUACCGGGUUGAAGAAACUGCACCUUCUUGAACUGGGUCUGCACAAUGGAGACCGCGCUAGCAGGAACGCCGCGGAAAAGGCAAGUUGUCUUUCUUGUUGUAUUGCUGUUUCUGUGGGAGGCUGGCUCGGAAGCAAUUAGGUACUCCAUGCCAGAAGAGACGGAAAGUGGCUCCUUUGUGGGCAACCUGGCAAAAGACCUGGGGCUCAGGGUGGGGGAACUGGCCACUCGGGGCGCGCGAAUCCAUUCCCGAGGAAACAAACAGCCCUUUCAGCUUGAUAUACAGACAGGGGAUUUGCUUCUAUAUGAAAAACUAGACCGGGAGGUGCUGUGCGGGGCUACAGAUCCCUGCGUACUGCAAUUCCAGCUGUUACUGGGAAAGCCGGUGCAGGCUUUUCAAGCUGAUCUGCAGCUCACGGAUAUAAAUGACCAUUCCCCCGAGUUCCUAGACAGGGAAAUGCUCCUAAAAAUCCCAGAGAGCGUCCAGCCAGGCACUGUGUUUCCUUUGAAAACAGCUCAGGACUUGGACAUAGGUAGCAACACUGUUCAGAACUACUCCAUCAGCCCCAACCCCCAUUUCCAUGUUGUCACUCAUAAUCGCGGAGAUGGCAGAAAACACCCCGAGCUCGUGCUAGACAAAGCGCUGGACCGGGAGGAGCAGCCCCAGCUCAGUUUAACCCUCACCGCGCUGGAUGGUGGGGCUCCGCCCAGGUCAGGGACCACUGCCCUCCGCAUCGAAGUCCUGGACAUCAAUGACAACGCCCCCGAGUUUCUACAGUCUCUCUAUGAGGCACAGGUCCUGGAAAACAGCCCCCUAAACUCCUUAGUUGUUACUGUCGCCGCCCGUGAUUCAGAUGCCGGAACGUAUGGGCAUGUAACUUACACUCUAUUCCAAGGCGAUGAAGUUACUCAACCAUUUGUAAUAGAUGAAAUAACGGGAGAAAUUCGUCUGAAAAGGGCAUUGGAUUUCGAGGCAACUCAGUAUUAUAAUAUGCAAAUUGCAGCCACAGACGGUGGAGGCCUCUCAGGGAAAUGCUCUGUAGCUAUCCAGGUGCUGGAUGUGAAUGACAACGCCCCGGAACUGACGCUGUCGGAAGUCGCCAGCUCGACCCCAGAAAACUCCCCAGAGACUGUAGUUGCUGUUUUCAGUGUUUCUGAUCCAGAUUCCGGGGACAAUGGCAGGAUGGUCUGUUCCAUCCAGGACGAUAUUCCUUUUCUCUUGAAACCCACAUUCACGAACUUCUACACCCUCGUGACAGAGAGGCCACUGGACAGGGAGAGCAGAGCCCAGUACAACGUCACCAUCACCGUCACCGACUUGGGGACCCCCAGGCUGGAAACCCAGCACAACAUCACCCUGCUGGUCUCCGACGUCAACGACAACGCCCCCGCCUUCACCCAAACCGCCUACACCCUGUUCCUCCGCGAGAACAACAGCCCCGCCCUGCACAUCGGCAGCGUCAGCGCCACAGACAGCGACGCGGGCGCCAACGCCCAGCUCACCUACUCACUGCUGCCGCCCCACGACCCGCGCCUGCCCCUGGCCUCGCUCGUGUCCAUCAACGCGGACAACGGCCGCCUGUUCGCCCUGAGGGCGCUGGACUUCGAGGCGCUGCCGGCGUUCGAGUUCCGCGUGGGCGCCACGGACCGCGGGUCCCCCGCGCUGAGCAGCCAGGCGCUGGUGCGCGUGCAGUGCUGGACGCCAACGACCACGCGCCCUUCGUGCUGUACCCGCUGCAGAACGGCUCCGCGCCCUGCACCGAGCUGGUGCCCAGGGCGGCCGAGCCGGGCUACCUGGUGAGCAAGGUGGUGGCGGUGGACGCGGACUCGGGCCAGAACGCCUGGCUGUCGUUCCAGCUGCUCAAGGCCACGGAGCCCGGGCUGUUCGGCGUGUGGGCGCAC